ACUUUUCGGCUGGCACAGAUGCGUUCGCAUAGGAAACCGCGCUCCCAGUUUACCCGACGACGUUCCCCACCGUGUGACGUUCACAUUUCCCUACGUUUCACGAUCUCAUUUGGAUAGGAAUAUCGUGAAACAUCUCUUUUUCUCACGCGCGGCAUUUAAUGAUCCCUCUUCGCGAAUUUGGAGUGUUUUUGUCUGAGGUGAUCGCGUGUUACAAUUUUAUUAUUGAAAGGAUUUAGAAUUUAGAGAAGUUGUGCGCGACAAGUUUCAAUGAAAUUUCUUAUUCUUGCGAUUUAAUUUGUUCGUAAAUUCGGUUUUUUCUGUCAAGCUCUAAAAUUGAUAGUAUAUUAUAAACGCUGAUAAAGCCGAUUAAAAAUUUUCCGGCAGAUAACGCGUGCAUUUCCAGUGUUUCUGACAAAUAUUCUGCAGUUAAGAUAUUACUAGAGGAUUGAAGAAAAGAGAAAUGGACGAUGCGCUGGCUUAUAUAGGAUAUAAAUAAAAUUGUGAGAGAAAUUUAUCAAACAAGAGAACAACGUUAUAAAAAUCCUUGAUAUGUAUCUACGAAAAUAUCACGUCGCACCGUUACAUCAGGAAGAUCUGUUAUAUUUUCCAUUUUCAUCUGAAUUUUUUCUGCGCGUAGUGGCGCAAGUGAGAAGAUGGAAAAAGGCAGAAUUAAUUGUAACAGUGAGUGCAGAGAACCGAACGAUACGUACGGUUUCGCUUGUUGCGACACGUGACAAUUAAUUUCAAAUUACUCGACGAAAUAUACUUCCCUUGUGCUUAGUGAAAUUGUGUGAAACAGUGAUUACGCAAUUUUAUUAAACGGUUUUGUCAGCAUGGAUUAUGCGUCCCAAGAAGGAGCUGGAAAUUUUCAUCAAACGACUAUCUCGCUCAGCACACGUGAUUCGAACUUUCCGUGAUCCACAUUGCUCCAGUGUGUAACAACGACGUUACGACUACGAAAUCUGGAUAAUGGCCAAUAAUCUUGCAAUGUGCGUUCCAUGCUGAUGCACAAAUGCAGUAACGUUCGCGCUGGAUCCAACAGGUUUCCGGAGCAACGCGAGUGUCAAAGACUUUCGGAGGCAUCUGAGAUCGUUAAUGCGACUGCAUGAUCCUUGAACAAUCAUGUCAAUUCAAGAAGAAGACUUUUUGUUCCAAGAAGUGUCGAGCAAAACUUUAAAAUGCAAUCAUCAGACAUCGAUCGGCCUGUCGCGAUUUCGAAGAUCAGCGCCGGUCUGGUCGAACUUGACGAGCUACGAUUACGACAAUCACAGCUUGGAGACGUUCUUCGAGAUCGAGGAGGAAUCUCUGGAGGCCUGCACGUCGCUUUAUUUCCUCCUGGACUUCUUCCAUUUGUACUACAUACCGUCUAUCAUCCUGCUGGGCCUAGUGGGCAAUCUGCUGUCGUGUGUGGUCUUUCUGAAGACGCAUCUGAAGCUGCGCAGCUCCAGUUACUACUUGGCGGCGUUGGCCACCGCCGACUUCGGCUUUCUGAUAUCCCUGUUGCUGGUGUGGCUCAAUAGCACGGUCGGCUGGAGAGUCUUCAACAAGGAUGGCUGGUGCGAGACGCUGGUAUACGUCAGCGCGGUCUGUAGCUCGCUUAGCGUCUGGCUGAUCGUCGCCUUCACCGUCGAGAGGUUCAUUGCGGUCCAGUAUCCGCUGCAUCGACCACAUAUGUGCACCGUGGCACGCGCGAAAACGAUCAUCCUGGUGUUGGCGGUCCUUGCUCUGGUCAGUCAUUCGUACUCCUUUGUCACUGCUGGCGUGGUGAAAGGCCAGGACGGCGACGAGGUGUGCGACCUGAAGAUCGAGUAUCUGGAGACCAUGCGGAUCAUCAGCAUCAUCGACAGUAUAGCGAGUUUGAUCGCACCACUCGUCCUCAUCAUCGUGAUGAAUACUAUGAUCAUGAGGAAUCUCUUGAGGUUCGGUAGGCGAUUCAAACACGAGUCCGGCUAUACCGCAAACUGUCCCGGCAGAGAGAAAUCCGACAUCAAUCUCAAUCAAAUUCCGAGUGUCAACAGCAGCAAUAAUGUUGGUGGCGACAUAAACCUGGGUUCGCUCGUGGGCGCUAGCGGUUCACGGAGGACACCCUCGCAGCAAUCGUCAUUCCACUCAUCGAAGAACCAUUCACGACAUCAACCCGCAUCCGCUCCUCCAUCGACACCGCGAAAUGUCUGUCAGAUGACCGAAAUAGAAGCUCCGUGUAUACACGUUAGGACAUCUUCUCGAAAUCUCGGAUCAACCAGAAAUCAGCAGAGCAUCACCAAAAUGCUUUUACUAAUCAGCACAGUCUUCAUAUUGCUUAAUCUGCCGAGCUACGUGAUCCGCCUGUGCGUGUUUUUCUUCACCUUGGCGAGGAAGGACACGCCGGAACUGCUCUGGUGUUUACAACAGUUCUUCAUGCUACUCUACUACACCAACUUUAGCAUCAACUUCCUGCUGUACGCGAUGUGCGGCAUUACGUUUCGCCGUUGCCUGGAGCAGAUGCUGCGCAGGAUCUUGAAGAGCAUGACCCGGUAUCACUGCAAUCCACAGAGGGAAUCGAUAAACUCGUGAAACAUCAGCGCUCCUUGGCCGAGGGUUCUACGACUGUGCGUUUCGGCCGAGAUUUCAGCUAACUCACCCCAGCGUUCCGUGACUGAGGGAGUAAAUCCAGGAUGAGCCUCUACGAAUCACCUCGUGGCGAAGACGUAUUGUUUCGCGGGACGUACGUAUAACGUACGUCCGCAUGAAGUCAAGUUUGAUGGGAUAAAACUCAUCAGUUGCAUUCAACGCAACAAGAUACUCAACUGACGUAAAAGAAUGAAACAAAUACGCGGAUCCUGCAUAUAAUUAUAAUAAUGUAAACUCACGUUGUAUGAAUAAUGGAUUGGUUACUCUCUUAAAUUGAAUCAGUAAAAAUAUCAUUGAGUGAAUUAAUAAUAGUGAAUAAAAUCCUCAGUAAUUUUCACUGAACUACUGACAAUUGGCGAACACUUCACUGGAAACACAGUUUAUCUCGUUCCUUAUCAGUAGAAAUUUUCCAUUGUUUAUACUAUUAUUAUUAUUCUCUUUUAAUGACAAGAUAUCAUUAAUCUUGUUUAGUUAAAGUUUUCUAAUUGCAUAACUGGGAAUAUACUUAUGGCUGUAUUUCAAUGAAAGUAUGAUGAUUUUUCUAAGAGAGUACAUUUGUAUAAAUUACAGUCUUGUUUAUUUUGUAAAAUGUUGGAGAUGCAUAAAGAUGAAAAGAUUGAUUUUUUAACGUUUCUAAAUUUUAGUUGGGAUUUUAUUUGAUUCUGUCUAGCCAAAUCUCUUGGGAUGAAAUAACACAUUGAACACGAAGAACAAAUUUAAUUCUUGUUCUUGGAUCUUCGCCGUUGUUGUGUGCUAUUCUGAUUGACGUAUCGGAGAUAGCCGAAGUAUAUUUGUAUCGUUCUUGUAACACAUCUCAUAUCUUUUUCAUUCAAGAAGUAGAGCAUGAAACAUUCAUAUGUUCGUUGGGUCCGUUUAUGUGGACAUGAAUUAUUAAUGCAAGAGGAUACUCAUGAUUGUGUGCAUGAUAGAUAUAUAUAUUAGGUUGGUGCAUAAGUUCUUGCCGUUUUGCAAUUUUUCUUUAUUGAAAUAAAACAAUCGAUACAACAUAAAUCGAUCAAAGUAUUUUCCAUCGUUUUUUUACGAUUUUUUCCCAUCUUUCCAGCAACAUACGAAUAUUACAUCGAAAGAAGGAGUCAUCUUUUGAAACAAUCUAUUCAUUGACCCAUCGGCAAGAACUUACGCAUCGAUUCAAUAUAUGUAUGUUCAAUAUAUGUACAGGUUGUCCCAGACCUAGCGUAUAACCUGUAAUGGAAAAUUCUUGAGUUUAUUUGGAGAUGAAAAUCCUAAUACCAAAAUGUCGAGGCUGCUAUAGUUUUUCAACAGGAAAGGUUUAAACUUUAAACUUUAAAGUUCACUUGUCAGCUUGUCAAAAUUUCGCGCGCUCAGAGACAUAUCAAAAGAGCCCCUUCCACGACACUUCACUAUAGGAAUUAACAGUUAUACGGUAGGUCUAGACACCCUAUAUAUUCCCACAUAUUGCAAACUCUACGCCUCUCCUAAUUAUAGCAUCAUAUCGUAAAUUAUCACUUAUCGUAAGUUCAACAGUAAAUAUAUCAUCAUAGGUCAUAUCAUUCCUUUUCUUUUUACUUCUCUUAUCAAAGAAGUUUAUAAAGUUGCUAUCAUCAAAUGCGCAACAGCGCAGUGAUUGUUCAAGUGAAGUACAUGACAAUCCUUAACGAAGUUUUUCCCAACAAAGUUUUAAUUAUUUCUCUCUUUAAUUAUAGCUCUCAGAAGAAUUUUUGAGACGAUCUGAUAAAAAAGUUUUUUGCUAUGAUGAACAUAUUGAGAAUGUGGAUACUGUGUCGUGAUUUAUACUUACAUAUCAAGAAAUUAUUUAUGAUUUAAGAUGGAUAUUUGGAUUCUAGAAUUUUAUAUUAAUACAUCUCAUUAGUUUUUUUAAGAUAGAUAAAGAAUCAGGAAAACAUAAAAUAAUCUGUUGCUACAUUACAGGUAAUCAAAUCGCUAUUAGAAUUUUCAAACUACAACUAUUUUCAUACUAAUAUAAAAAAGUUGGUAAAAUUGAUUUUAAAACAAUUAUAUAUAUGUAAAUUAAUAAGAAAUUUUAAAGAAAUUAGCUAAUUUUCUUUUAUGUUAAUAAACAUGACUUUAAGUUAAAUUUUUCAAAUCAUGCGUUAGCAUAGUAUUUCUUAAAUAUCGUACAUAACAGACAAACAAAACAAUCUUCUAGUCAUGAGAGAGCUUGCAGAAAAGUGUAUAAAAUAAGAAUAAUACAUAAUUUUACAUAUUUCCAAAAAUCAUGUUUAUAUUUAUUCAGGUCAAUAUAUUUUUAAUUUACUACAGAUUCGUGUAAUAGAUGUAGACUUCAAUGUUUUUAAUGGCUAGGUUUUAUCAUGAAGUUUCUACGAAGCAAUCGUGCAGCUUGCUAAUCAAUAAUUGCAUGAAGAUAAUGAUGUUUAUCUUAGUAAAUGAGAAGAUUAAACGCAUGAUAUGAAAUGAAAUUAAUGUACGACGGUAGAAAUAUGAAAAACUCUAAACAAGAAAAGGUUUCUACCCUUUCAAAAUGCAUAAUACAAUCGAACAAAAAAGAGCAUUAACAAAGACGAGAAGUAAAAAUAAUAAUAAGUGCAGAGUUUCAAUUCAUAAAUAAAUUAAUUUAUUGGAAAA